CUAACCCGCCACCUCCCAACGGCCCUGCCUCUACCUUAGCACAUCCACAGAUUAGUAGUUGGUGAUUCAAUCACACUCAAAUACAGCAACCUUGGAGGCGUUACCGGACUUCGCAUUGUGUUAUUCUGGCUACUUGCUUUGAUAAUUCUUGCUUCAUCAAUUUUGUCUACGUUUUGUGCCUACUGUGGCGUCUGCGCUCAUACAAAAGCAUCCUUCGUGUCCACGAACACCCCCUCCAUCACCCCGUCCAUGACUGGGUAAGCGAGCCCCGGCCUUGAGCGACCAAGAGCGAGCGAUUCUGGCAGCCAUCCGUAUACCUCUUACAGGAAUCGAUAAAAGUACGAAACGAGCCGAGCUGGUGCAGGCUGGUACUCGUGCCAGUGCGAAACACCCAGUCGUGAUAUCGGCGAUAUGUUCUGACCCGCACACAGAACGUUUUUGAGCCCGACCGAACCAAGUUUACCCCUCUGAGCUUCGAGGAGACAAGCAUUCAUUUGCAAAUCACGGUUUUGGUUGUCUCUGCGGCUUGUAUAGCUAGUAUUGCAGUAUUGGGUUUGUUUGCCGCCAACGAAUUGUACAAGCUACGAGCCCUCGUUUGGCAGCAUUUGCCCUUCGACUGUCGUGUCUGUCGUCAUUUAGAACAGAGCAUAUACAAUGUUCGAUGGGUACGCCUUCCAUUUGCUUUGCAUUUGGCCCGUCAGUUGCCAAUCUAGCAGGUGUUGACCCUGCAACUGCUUCAAACUGCCAGCAAGGCUGAGCAGCUUCUGACGGCGCCAACAAAUCUUCCAAUACCAUCUGUCACCAUGUCGAACUUCGCUAUCAUUGUGGCGAUUCUCCUAAUCGUUCUGGUGAUCUACGUGCUAACGAGAAAUGUCCGUUCACGCGCAGGUCAUAAUCUCAACAUGUCGCCAGAUACUGUAUCGUCGAUGUUCCCGGGCCGACCGAUUCGGCCGUUACCGAAACGUCGACUGCGCGAGAAGCUCUCACCAGGGACCGUAGAGACAAUGGCGUAUCCUCCUUCAACUCAGGAAACAACGCCUCUCUUUUAUUACCCCCCUUACAACUUCAGAAAACACACGAGCCCGUCUCAACAAACUCGUCGAGCGGAGGAGGGCUGCAACUAUACCCCUCGACGAAAUGGGCUGGCGCUACCAGAUGGCGAAGACGAAGAGCCGGCUUUGCGAAGCACUCUUGUUACUAGAACACCCCCAGAGAUCUUGACUCGUGGGACUCAGCGAUCCUCGAAGCCAGAUAUCCCUGAUCCGCAACCGCCGCUUUCCGCAGCGUCCUCUGUGGAUGGUUAUGAUGUAUUUGAAAACGCGAACAACAAAAAGAAGCGGAAAAUUCCUUCCGCUGGGGAGCUUUCUGUUAAUGGUACCCAGGGCUCGAAUAAUGAGAUUGCCAUCUCAGCUGGUACAGGACAUCCUCCUACCGAUGAAUCACACAACGGCCGAGCGCACUCCCACUCAGUCUCACAUCCAACGACGGGCACUUUUUCAUCCAACAAUGAGGGGAUAUCAGGACCUGGGCGGGGCAGGCUUGGGCGUUUAAGGAAUGGCAGAAGCCCGCUGCGAGCAUUGUCUGAUGGCAACAGUAAUGCGUGGGCUGGGCGAGGCUCAAAAGCCACUACAUCUCAGUGGACAACGGGCGAGAAAGAGGGCAGUGGUAUAAUAUCAAAUGCUAUCGCAAACGCCGAGAAACUUCGACCUCAGGGACAGGAGAACGUGAGUCUGCUUCAGCAACACUCUAUCGCAACAAGAUCGACUCCAGCAUCGACCCAAUUCACUUUCACCUGUGAUUCCCAAGUUCCUGGCACAAUUCAGUGGCCCGGUCACUCGAGCAAGCACAGCAUGUCAACUCAGGCUGGCCCUGGCUCCUUACCACCUGGCAGUGUUGCUCCUCACGAUGGGUCUUCUGUGGCAGCUAGUCGAGGCUCCGGAAGUUCUCGUCGAGACAGCAAACGACGCCUAGACAGAUCACUCGAAAGGGCUGCGCGGCGUCGUCGUCAAGAGGCGCGGCGGGAUCCCACCAAAACAGCUGACGAAUGGAUUUGCGAAUUCUGUGAAUACGAGAUGAUAUUUGGGGUACCACCCAGAGCAUUGAUCCGGCAGUAUGAGAUGAAAGACCGCCGGCGCCGACAGGAAGAAGCUGAUCGCAAACGACUUCUCGAAAAGGCCAAGGAGAAAAGUCGAAAGGCCAGAAAGGGCGGCAAGAAAGCUGCAUCUCGAGGCGAGAAUGCUGCCGCUCAGAACCCGCCUCAGGGGCCUAGCACAUCUGUGGACAUGAACCACAAUCAUUCAAAUCAGUCAGGGGAGGACGAGAACCAUUUCCCGAAUUCCCCAGGAGAUCGCACUGGGCCAGACAUACCGACUGAGAUCCAGUCAUCAUAGUUUGCAAGCAUAAUUCAGUGGAAGGGGCUGCUCCCAGCAAUCGUGGUACCUAUUCUAGCCUUGAUGAUCGGGGUCCGUCGGCGACCAACAAGGCUAUGAAAGGGGAUGUGUACCUAGAAGAUAUCAGUGAACCAAGUACACUGCGGUGACUGGCAUCUGAACAUGAGGCACUCUUGCUCUUGAAGAUGAAGAAAGGCACGGAGCCCUGCCUACGACAGGUUUUCUUGCUUGUUACUAUUGGAGGAAGCGUGGAUAACAAGAGACUGAGCUACUCGGUGGGGAGGCGACUCAGUAACGACACGAAAGUGACAUUUGGUUUAUCGAGGACAUGUAGGGGAUAGGAAUAGGUAGAAUGUUGUGGCUUGGGUCACCACAAACAGCACUUGGAUUCAACCAGCCAGACCAAAGUCACAUUGUAUGAUAACAGGGCUAUCCUAAAUUGUUCAACAUGUCUUAACCACACAUUGCUUGCCUGUUUCAACUUAUGAACAUGCACAGACUGUUAACUACUGCAAAAUUGCGUGAAAGCGACUUGGCUA